AUGCGUUGCAGUUACGGAGCCGCCACUAACUCGGAGUGCAGUCCACCACCGUAUUCACUACCACGUGUUGAAGAAAUGAAUGGUCAUGAUGGCUGGACUACCGUCAAAGAUCGCGCGAUGAAGAAGCGCAUCCAAAAUCGUGUCACGCAAAGGACUUACCGGCAACGCGUGAAAGUUAGAAUGGCAGACCUUCAGGCAAAGCUUGACAAUUGCGAGAAAAAGCUUCAAUCAAGGGAGAACGACUACCAAGAUGGUGGUGAAGAAAGCCCAGGAUCGCCUAUACAGAGGCCAGAUUCAUUACGGUCUUCCCUUCUGUCGAGUCGCCAGUAA